CUCUCUUGAAUAAAAUAUCUGAAACAUAGCGGCAGGCCGCAGCCAUUUUUAUUUGCUUUUCAUCUCGUGUUUCUGUUCCGUGACGCCUUCACUGUGUUCUCAUUCACCUCAUUCACGCUCCAUGAAAUCAUUUCGUCUGACAGUUCUCCUUCUGUUCUUUAAAUACCUCUCUUAUUUAUCGUAAAUACAACCAAACCUUUCUCUCUUUAUUUUUCUCUCUUCAAUGCUAACUCCACUCCUUUCCUUCUUUUCUUUUUUCUACUCACAUCUACUACUGCCCAUAUACCGCAUCUCCAGCCGAAGCAUCAUGUUUGUCUUCCGGGCAGAAGCCUUGCCCAAGGAUCCUGUCUUUCCUGCUGAUUUGAAGCAGCUCGGCUACUUCAUCAACGAUCAGGACCAGAUCAAGAAGAUUUCGAACCCAGAAGAGGACUUUGUCUUCAAAAUAAAUACCAAUGACCGCUACAAUGAAAUGCAGAAAGAAGCUAUGAAUACAUGUAUCCGACACAUCGUCGCUUCCCGUCUGCUCAAUCUGGGCCUCGAGACUCUCCGUCUCCCGAUUGGCGCUGCCGCAAACUCUCAACAUGUGCCUAUUCUGACAUCCCCAGCCUUCCAGUCCCAACCCCGUCUCAUCGUCGUGUUUGGCGAGCCGACCCAAGACCUGGGUAUCUGGGCGUAUCGUGUCAUCGGCAAGGAGGGUAUCAAUAUUGGCUCCGCUGUAAACUUUGCAGCUGCGAUCCUAGGCAAUAACAUCUGCCCGAGGGACUCUGGGUGCCAGACAAUCGACACUAACAUUGCUAACGCAAAUAAUAACCCACACCAGGAUAACGGCUCUAGCUUCCCUGCAGGAACUGGGUUUAUUCUGACAAAUCCAGGGCAGCUGGUAUGGCACUGCGCCAAAGAGCAGGCUAUGUCGCUGCCAAUGUGGCAUGCACUUCCUCGACGCAGCGCCGUGGAGCCGCCUAUGCGGAUGACGUUCCGGAAUAAAAUCCCCGGUAACGAGACAUGGCAGGAUCACAUUACUUAUGUCUUUGAGGAGGUGCUGGGGAAACUUGCCGCGCCGGAUGUGAGGAUCGAUAUCAUUGGGCUGGCGGAGGGUGGUUUGGGCGCCGUGAGAUAUUUGGCAGAACAUUGGACAGCCUGGAAACCCCGCAUCUCCUCUCUCUGCCUCAGCAACCCCCUCCACGACACAAACCACCUACACCCACCAGAUUUCGCCAACUUCAUGUCCACGCGCAGUCGCGCCUACUUACUCUCUGAAAAACCGCUAAACACGCCAGUCGCUGGCCGCUACGAGUUCGGCUGCAACUGCUAUUCUUCCGGGGAGGCGCUGAAUGUCGAAUCAAUUAUGCCCAGGGCUUGGGGUGGUAUGUUGAAGUGGCUCGAUGCUAUGUUUGAAGAUAGCGGUCUGGAGGAAGUUGAGGUUAUCGUUGGGGAGAAUGAGGUGGGAGAGGACGGCGGGGUGGAUGUGGAUGUAGUGGGCUGA